UACAUUUUGUAUUAAUUUAACUGUAUGUCAUCAGUGAUUUAUGGUAGUUACUUAAAACUAUACCAUAGGAUAGCAACACCGGGUUAUAAGCAGAUAAUUUAAUGAAUGUUAUUCACUUUCUUUGCUUAUAGAAAAAGAACAAGAUCACAGCCACACGCCGGCUUCUCCUAAAAGGCAAGCUGCUGAAGAAGGCAGCGUCUAUGCUUAUCGCAGAGAAAGAGCAGAGCAAGCGGGAGAGAGAGAGUGCCCUGAAUGAGAGAUUACCUCCACUUAAAGUCUCUGGACUGUCUUCACAAGACCUGCAGGAGCUCUGCAAAGAACUCCAUCGCAAGAUAGACACCGUGGAUGAUGCACGAUAUGACCUUGAAGUUAAAGCAUCCAAAAAUGAAAAGGAGAUCCAAUCGCUAACACAGAAGAUUUGUGAGAUAAAGGGCACUAUGAACAGAACCAAACUGAAGAGGGUAAAGAAAUCUGCUGAUGAUGUCCUGGGUGCCCUGACUGAAUCCAAAAUGUCAUCGAAGGCAGAUUUUAAAGCCAACCUGAAGACAGUCAAAAAAGAGGAGGAAAAGAAAGAGGAGGUGACUGACUGGCGUAAGAACGUGGAGGCCAUGUCUGGAAUGGAAGGCAGGAAGAAGAUUUUUAAUGCUGGUCAAUAAUUUUUUUUUAUAGAUACAGAAGGGUCCUCUGUAAACGAAUUAGAAUAGCUGAGUGGUUCAUUUUGUGCAAUAUUGUCUCACAAUUAAGCAACAUUCACUGCAGUUUUAUACCAAAUUGAUGUCAUACUGAAGAACAAGGUGGUCCCCGAUGAGAAGACAUCUUUAUGGAAACUGAAGGAAAUCAGUGGAAAUCUGUGCAUAUUCUAUUUUAUUGUAUAGUUCUUUGUGAUCUGUGACUUUUCAUAUGUUUUUUAUUGUAAUAGAUGUUGGCCGUUGUUUCAAACUGAUUUUUGUCAGCAUAAAUAUAUCCUAUAUACAUUUA